GUUAUAGUGCGCAUAUUUUCGAACCAGUUUUUGUGUCCUAGGAAAUAAUUUAUAUUAGUCUUUCCUAGUGAAAAGACUUUUCUAGUUUUAUGUGAUAGAGACUCUUUACCUUUCCUUUUUUCCUUAACAAGAUUCUAGAGUUUCUGUUAAACCGACUCGACCAAAUAUAAACAAACUGGUAAUAAUAAUACAAAUCAUCUGCAAUAUGUUUUCACUCUCGAUGUCAGCUACAGAACACUAAAUUAUUAAUGUCUAAAUAAUUAAUGAGCGACAUCUCAGUCGUGGAUAUUAACUCUUAGAUACUGCGGUUACGGUUAAAAGUCUCUUCAAAUACUUCACAGUGUACGGGAAACGAUGCGUAUCUCGAGGAAUUUUCAAGAAAAUGCAUGGAAGUGGAUGUUGGUUACAACAAUCCUCAGUUGUUGUUUAACGGAAUCAUAUGGAUCGCUAGCUAGAGGUUGGGGUGAUCACAUCAAGUGGCGAACAUACCUGGAUGGUCUUGAGGAAGCUAAAAAAAGUGGUAAACCUAUCAUGCUGGUCAUUCACAAAACAUGGUGUGGGGCAUGUAAAGCUUUGAAGCCCAAGUUUGCAGAAUCCACGGAAAUUAGUGCACUUAGCAACAUGUUUGUUAUGGUAAACACAGAGGAUGAGGAGGAGCCUAGAAACAAAGAAUUUGUUCCAGAUGGUGGUUAUAUUCCUAGGAUAUUUUUCUUAGAUGCCUUUGGAAAUGUUCAGAAGGACUUCUACAAUGAAUUUGGUAAUCAGAAGUUCAAGUAUUUCUAUGGAGAUGCAGAAUCAAUUGCCCGUUCAAUGAAAAAAGCAGCUGCAAAAAUGGAGGGAGGACUACGAGUAGGAGAUGAGCUGUGAAAGUAGAUGUACUGUAGUAGGAGUAGAAAUGAGCUUUCAAUAAAAUGAACUUAUUUCUAUA